ACAUCAUUAACAUAAAUCAGAAAAAGCAAACAAAUUGUGUUAAUGGUCAAAAAUGUUGUGUUUAAAUCAUGAACUGUUUUAAUACAGGUGUCAUACAACUACCUCAUUAACAAUAUGGAGAUCAUGAUAAACAUUUUGGGUCAUCCAAUAUUUUAUCUCAGAAUUUAAACUAGAACAAAAAUAUUGGUUAUUAUUCUACUACAUUUCCUUUACCAUCACUCUUAGUUUUUGUUUUUAAUAUAUACUUGGGGGUUCACUAUCACAGUUUUUCAAGUUUAAUGUUUUUUGUAAUUUAAAAGCUUGUGCUUGAACCUUAAGCCUAAUUAUACAACUAGCUCUGGUGGCGUGACAUAAGAAAUACUAGUAAACCUAUAUCUUGGAUAUAGUUUAUCCAGGUAAGUUAAUUUUAAAGCAAGUUAAGAUAUUUGAAAUAUCAAAGGUAAUUGUUUUUAAACUAACUAGCUGUCUUGCUGUUUAGUGAAUAAGACAUUUGAGAUUAGGUCACAAAGCCCUGAAGUACAUGUAAUAUUGUAGCAGUCAGCAAAAAUCACAUGCAGUUGCAAACAGAAAGGAAAACUUGUAUAACAGUUUUUAAAUGCUAAACAAAGAAAAGUAGAUGAAGUAUUGUAUCAGUGAGAAAAAAUCCUAAUGCAACUGUAUACAGAAAGGAAAGCUUAAAUAACAGUUUUUUAAAUGAUAAGCAAACAAAAAUACAUGUAGUAUUGUAGCAUUCAGGAGAAACCAUGUGCAGUUAUAAAAAAGGAGUAAAAACCUUGGAUAACAGUUUUAAUAUGCCAAGUAAACAAAAGUAGAUGUAAUAUUGUAGAAAUCAGGAGAAAUUGUAUUCAGUUUAAAAAAAAAGCAUCUUGGAUAAUAGUUUUAAGUGUUAAGGAAACAGAGAAGACAAAAAUAGAUAGUGAAAACUUAAUUUGUUUAUUUCAUAUUUCUGUUAUGUUACCACCACCCAACUCACUCUUUGUACAUACUUUUCUUAUUUCAAGGUACCACAAGUACUUUUAACAUGAUUGCAAUAGUAGUUUGGUUUCUUCUUUAUGAUAUUAUUUUCAUUAACAGGACGAGCCUCACUGAGAGAAUGGACUCUUGUGAUGUAUGGCACCACACAUGAUCCUAACAGUCCUCUCCCAACCACCACAACGACAACAACAACCAAAACACCACCUGUGCCAACAGUAAAAAUUUCCCCCUCUACAACAACAAAACUGCCCAAUUACAAUGUCCAAUACUAUCCGCCUACAGCAAAAUCGCCACGACUUUUUUACCCAAUAGACAGCAAUUCUAUUGGAACUGAAGAUGAAUCUGUCCAUAAAGAUCAUUCUGAUGGUCAGAGUCCAGAUUUGUCUGUGGUGUCUCAUGGCACCCGGGAGAAUCCUGUAGGAGGUGGUACUGGUGACUCUAGUAACAGUGGAAAUGAUGCUCCUUGUGUCAUGUGGAGCAGUGGAACAUUUUCUGUUGGUUGGUGUUUUUUGUUUUUCAUCUUAAUAAAGACAUCGUUCUUAAUGCAAGCCUUGCAAUAGCCUCAUCCACAAACAAGAAAGCUAUUAUUUUUCAAUCUCCGCUUGCUUUUUGAAGGAUUGAUUGGACAUUUGUGGCCUUUGUGGUAAAUACAAUUCCAGUGACUUUCUCUUUCUUUUAAAGGUUCUGGAUGAUAUAAAGCUGGUAACUUUGGACUUGAAACUUUAAAAAUUGCAUGAAAAAAGCACUGUAUUUUUUGUCAUAAACUACUCAGUGUUUGGGAACCUGUAUUUGUAUAUAACUGUUUUCAGGGAUAUUUUAUGUUGUGCUAGAAGGUGUCAGAAAGUAGGGACCAGAUUGUUAAUUAGAAAGCAAGCACUUUAAUGUGUCAUGCAAAAGAAAUGUGGCCCUGAAAUAUCAGGGUUGGUUUCAUAAUUUACAAAAUAAGACAUUUUCCUAACAUUUUUUUCCUUCCAUGUGAAUACCAUCAAACAUUGCUACCAGAAGUUUACACUUCAUUCAGUGUUAUAUGGUUAAAUUGUUUGAUAUAUGUUUAUAAAGUAGAUGAUUACUGUUUCUUUACUUAGAUUAAUUAACUUUUUAUGUUAAGAACAUUUUGUAGAUGAUAAAUUUUAAUUUAUCUGUAAGUAGGCAUAUCUUAAAAUACAAUUUGUUGUUUUAUUUUUAUUUUAAUUGUUAAGCAGGCUGCUUACAGCUUGUUAAGCAGGCUGUUUACAUCUUAUAUGUCAAUUGAAUUAUAAGUAAUAUUGUAAAGUUUGAAAAUGGUGUGAUUAUAAAAACCAUCCCUGAAAUGUUCUUUCAAAUCAACAGUAUUACCUUUUGUAGCUAAGAUAUAUUUAUAAAGUUUUAUCCUAAAUGUAGUGUAAAAUAUAACAAGUUUUAGUGUUCAAUUUUCCUUUAAAUGAAGCCUUUAAUGCUUGUUAGAAAUUAUUGUGUUUAGUGCAAAGAAUUUGUAUUAUUAUCUACUCAAAGUACAUUGAACUUUUACCAAAUAAGCCCAUGUAGGUACUCGUAAUUUAGUUAACUAUUUUUGAAAUUUUAAAUGUUGGUUUUGUCCCUCUAUUUUUAUUUAUUCUUUUACAUUUAUUUGAUGUCUUACACUGUAGUUGUUCAAUUCAAAAUUUUUCUCUUAAUGUAAAUGAGAUAUUCUGAAUAGAAUGAAAUGAUUGUAAUAAAUGUUUGUAGGAUGAUCAGCAAAUGUUAAGAUUAUGAAUUAAUGUCACAACUUGAUAAGUUAGUUACUUUCUAGAACAUUCCAAAUGUAACUAGUGUAAUCUGCCUAUAUAAUCUAUUCAUUAGGCCAGUUGUUUUCUUCACCAAUAGUUACUAUUGUAUAGCCAUUACAUGUUGUUUUUAAAGCGUCACAAAUGUUAGAAAUGUCUACCUCAUUUUAUAGUUGUCAUUUAGUUAUGAAAAUUUACUCAAGAGUAAAAAAUUUUUAAUGUUUCCUUUAACUAUCUUUCUUGUAUUUAAAUUGGAAAUUUGUUUAUAUUUUACAUUAUUCAUAUCAAAACCUUGUAAGUAUUUAAACUGCAGUGUGAAAUGUUUAUUUUUGAAAUCAGUUCUUGAACUAAAACCUCAGUAAGUGGUACAAAUGGUGACAUAUCGAUUAUAAAGAAAAUACAUAUAUAUUACAUUAUACUAAGUUGUCACAGAAUGUUUCAGUAGCAUUUAAUUUGUUUUUGUUGUUCAAAAUUAAAAAUAUUUUAUUAACAUUUUAUGUCAUUUGGUGAUGGGAAUCAAAGUGUUUUAGUUCUGUGUAAGUAAAAGUUUUGUGUUCUGUGGAACUUGUAAUGCUUUGGACUAAAUCAGUAUUAUUCAGUAACAAAAAAGGAAGUAAUGAAUAGAACCUUGUAAGAUCAGAAUGGAUUAAUUUUUCUAACAUCUCUUGUGAGGUGUGACAUACUUUUUGAUUUGCUUUAUUAUUAAAGCAGUGUUUAGCUAAA